ACUACACGAGUUGUCCAUCAUACCUCAGAGAUAAACUACACGAGUUGUCCAUCAUACCUCAGGGAUAAACCGCUGCAUACCACCGCCAUCCCUGCCUCCUCGCGCUGCUGGUUGCGCCCAGGCAUGACAGACUCGGUCGAGGCCCUGCAGGCUGCGCUGCAGCAGAAGGAGCGUGAGGUUGCGGAGCUGCGCUGCAGAUUGUCAGCUGUACACCAUUCCGCGGCUGGUGCUGUUAGUGACGCAGCUCUUGGGAGUGAUGCAGCUGGCGGGAGUGACGCAGCUGGCGGAAGUGAUGCAGCUGAUGGUGUAACAGUUGUUGCAUCAGGAUCUGACACCUCUACCCAAGGUUGUCCUCACAGCGGCAGUUGCUCCGCAGCCACGCUGUCCCACGGGGAGGUUCUUCGCUACUCUCGCCAGUUGAUCUUGCCGGAGUUAGGUAUGGGAGGCCAGCGCCUCCUGAAGGCGAGCCGGGUGCUGGUGGUAGGGGCUGGCGGGCUUGGCUGUCCCGCAGCUCAGUACCUCACUGCGGCGGGGGUGGGGACGCUGGGUCUCCUGGACUACGAUGUGGUCGAGUCGACCAACCUCCACCGUCAGAUCCUCCACACGGAGGAACGAAUUGGCGUGCACAAAGCCAAGUCUGCGGCGGCUGCCCUUCGUUCGCUCAACUCACAAGUAGACGUCCAUGUACACGAUUUGGUUCUGGACAGUGGCACGGCUUUGGACGUCAUAGCCGGAUAUGACCUGAUACUGGACUGCACCGACAACGUGGCUACUCGUUAUCUCCUGAACGACGCAUGCGUUCUCAGCAAAAAGCCCUUGGUGUCGGGCGCUGCCCUCCGUCUCGAAGGACAGCUCACGGUAUACAACUUCAAGGGGGGCCCUUGUUACCGAUGUCUGUUUCCGUCUCCUCCACCCCACGAGACUGUAACCAACUGCUCUGACGGAGGCGUGCUGGGGGUGAUCCCUGGGAUCAUCGGGUCACUGCAGGCGCUUGAAGCAAUCAAAAUGAUCGCCGGCAUCGGCGAGCCGCUGUCGGGAAAGCUGCUCGUAUUCGACGGCUACUCGACGUGCUUUAGGACCGUGAAGUUACGACCUCGGCAGCCGUCAUGUGCCGUGUGCGGAGACGUGCCCACGGUAACCCGCCUCGUGGACUACGUGCAGUUCUGCGGAGGACGUCCUGCUUCAGAUAAAGACUCGGACUUGCAUCUCUUAUCCCCGGAGCACAGGAUGUCGGUGAUAGAGUACUCGGAGCUCCUGAAGACGGGGGAGCCCCACGUGCUGGUGGACGUGAGGGAGCCUGUGGAGCUGUCCAUAUGUGGCUUCAGCCACGCUCUCAAUAUUCCUUUAAGAGAGCUUGACAAGCCUGAGAGCGUUAGUGCAAUAACAGCCGCACUGGAAGCUCGAGCCAGCGCCCGCGUCGUGUGCUUGUGUCGCCGUGGCAACGACUCUCAGCGUGCCGUCCUCAAGCUGAAGGUGGCGCUGAAGGAUUCAACAGAGGUCCUCGUGCAGGAUGUAGCUGGAGGACUCACUCGGUGGGCCGAGUUGGUUGACAACUCCAUGCCUGUUUACUGAGCGUCUAUUGGACUUGCCACGAGUAGUUUACUGGUAGCGUUCGGAUAAGAGUUGUAAUCUAUGUACAUUUUGUAACUUAUUUGUAAUUCUCAGUUUUAUUCAUUCCAACAAGUCACGCGACUGUCGAGUGACGAUAGCACUGUCCUUAAACAAUACAGCUAUACUGGUCACCUUAUAUAUACUGUUGUGGCGGAGCACUUUCCGCUGUUGUGCACACGAUGCACACGUCACGGUGCCUAUGAAUAUUCUGCAUUGCGCCCACGCAUUAGAUUUAUGUUAAGGCAAUGUUUUAACGAUGUGAGCUUGUAUUAAGGUCCGCGUCACAAUUUUUGUUUGAUAAAAUAUCGAGUUUGCUUACUUCGAUGGCGGUCAUGAUUAGUCUUUGUUUGAUCUGCCUGCCUGGUCAUCACGCGCCCUACUGAGCAUCUCCCACUCAACAAAAGUGUCGUUAACUUGUCGAUCAAUUCCCUAGAAAAUAUUUGGGCCAAUUGAGAUCAGUUGAACUAUAUUUACUACUAAUUGAAUGAAAUUGAACUAAAUUGAUUGCAAGCUUUGCAUGCAAUUAAGGGUAACCGUAGCCUUGGGGCCACUAUGAUGCAGUUACUGUGAUGCGUAUUUAUAUAACAAACAAUGGCUGUGAACUUCCUAAGAGCUGCCCAUGUGGUGAGGGUUCUCUCGAUAACAAAUAGAUCCGUCCCGUCAAAUUCAAUAGGAUUUAUUAUCGACUUUGCCAGCUAGCCUGAGUGUCUCGUUUGUCGGUAGCUAUUGACCCAGUAGUAUUAAUCCUUUUGCAUCCUCAAUACAACCAGUUUAUCUGAUGAGUUGGGAAGAGCCGCGGGUUCACGUUCCGUCACAGAUGUUUAUUUGUCACGCUCUUCUGACGCAAGUACUGUAAAAUAUCAAAUGGUCACUUAUGCAACCUUGCUCCUGUUUAUAACAUUGUACUCCUGGCUCUUGUUAAACAAACCUUUAAAUCUUUAAUAAAUGAAUGUUAACUGCCUUGUAUUCUUUUUAAACCUCGUCUAAAGAAGCCCAAUUUUUAGGUGCAUACGCGUCUAUCAUCUCCUCAGGGAAGGUGCGCUAGUGUUCCACUCAACGCACCUUGGGGACCUCACCCUCCCCGGGCCCCAAGCGAUCCCAAUGCAUGGCGAAUCUCGUUAUUCUGGGCAACGGUUUUCGGGAAAUCAUUUCCGCGUCUUCGCGAUUAAAACUGGUCAAUAGACGCUUUUCUAGCAAGCUCUUCUGACGAUGAAAAUAUAGAAGCGGCCGCAAGAAAUCAGCUCCUGUGCAGCGUCUCGUGAAAGUGGACGGGGGCGGCAUUUGUGGCCUGUAAUGUAGGCCCGCGAGACAAUCUUGGAUAGCGCUACAUUGUGGAGUCUAUAUUACGUCUUCGUGCGGUCAUGCUUACAAGGGUGGGUCUAAUUUGAACCCCUAUAUAAACUGACAGGGUCUACGUUAUACCAUAAUGCGGCCUAGGUGACAGUGGUCUAAAUUAUAGAAUAAAAUAUUACGCCCCCAUGCGGUCAGGCUGAUGAGGUAGCCGACUAUAUACCCUCAUGGAGACACGAACACGAGAGUCCACAACGCAGUAAUGGCAGGGUUACCCAGUGGUAAAAGUUCACAGUACCAAGAAUGGAGCAGAGAGGCGCGGGUUUGAUCCCAGCUCU